AUGGUGCAGGACCCGGUAGUCGGAUCUGAGACUGAAAAUGAUGCGCUUCUAGCGCAGCUGCUUUCGGCGGAGGAAGAGACGGCAGAUGCGUUAUACUACGCGAACGGCAACGACUGGAUAGAUGCGUUCUCGUGGGCGAGUCCCGAAGGUCUGGAGGCAGAGCGCAGCCAGCGCAAGGGACGGCACAAACGGAACGGCAGGCGGCGGAGGUUCAGUAACAUUGACGAAUACGAUGAAGAUGGUGAAGACGACGACGAUGAGGACUGGAUUGAAACGGUAAAGAACCGGAGACCGCGCUCGACAGCAGUAGGUCGGAGGCCGACGGCUAGCGCGCCAACUGCCGGCGCGCAGCCUGUCUCCAGUGAGCGAGAGCGAGGCGACAGCCGCGACAAUAGUGUCGGCCGCGACAGGAACCCUUCAGAGGAUAGCCCGGAACGGGGUCGGAAGCGCCCCACGGCCUGGAGUCCCGAGGAAGAGCAGCGUUUUCUCGAGGCCCUCGAGCUCUACGGACGCGACUGGCGACGAGCGGCGGCGCACGUCGGAACCCGGAGUGCGAGCAACUUCCGCUCACACGCGCAAAAGUAUUUCAUUAAGCUGUACAAGGAAGGGCGGCCUGUGCCGCCCAAAGUUGCUGAAACUGGUGCGGGUCACACGUUGAGUGGAAAACCUUUGGAUCCAAAUAGUGCAGCAGCGCGUGCAUACUUACAGGGCAGUGUCUACCGCAAAGAGCUACGUAGCCGCCACAAGUCGAGCGGUGCCGCAGAGAGCCCGGCAGGGUCAGAGGAACCCGACUUGAGCACACCAAAAACGAAGCAUGCGUCACCAGAGGCAUCCGUCGCUGCACCAACCUCAGAUAUUCAUGAAGAUGAAAUUUUCCAGCAGAUGCAGCUCGACGCACAGCUGCAGGCUGAGGAAGCGAGCGCUCCCUACGACGAGUACGCCAAAGAGAAUGCCCAUCAGGAUCCAGAGUAUACGGUAAGGGCACCCUCGAUGCCGGGACCUGCGGCUGCUGCGGAGCCUCCGGAGUACGCGAAGCGGAGACCGAAGCGAUCGACCGCGGGGCGACGGAGCAUUCGUUCACUCUACAACAUCGCGUCCGCUGAUGAUGAGCUGCGGUUUGUGAGCUGCCUAUCGUACGAGCCCGACGCCCAGCCAUUUCGAAUCGUUGUUCAGCCUCGCGCCUUGUUCAUGAUGGACCUGCAUGCGCAUCUCGAUCUACGAGAAGUCAUCGGCUUUCUGGGCGGCCGCUACGACACCACACGCAAACAACUCGAGAUCAUUGACGCGUUCGCCUGUCGAGCUGCCCAAGGGCGGGCCGGUCACCUAGACGUGGAGCUGGACCCGGAGUCAGCGGUAGAGGCGCGGAACACCAUCGAGGUAUCCGGUCUCGCCGUUGUUGCCUGGUAUCACUCCCACCCGACAUUUCCUCCUGAGCCAUCCGUUCGUGACUUGGAUAAUCAACGAAAUUACCAGAAACAAUUUGAAAGCGAGGGAGCGCCUUAUCCGUUCCUUGCCGCAAUCAUUAGCCCGUACGAUCCGAACUUGCCGAGUGUGCGGUCUGCGAUUCAGUGGUUCCACGUUGGCCUCAGUCCAGCCGAGGAUAGCUUUGCUUUCCGUUUACAAUGGGAACCGGGGCCGGUUCCUCUGCUUGCUCCAGCGGUGUCGUCGCCUGCAUCCCAUGCGACGUCCGAGAAGCUGUCGGAUGAGCUGCAGAAACGAGUUCAGCAGUUGCUGGACAACCGUUCAGUGAAGCUUGAUACAAACUGGAGCCUUCGCAACGGCGAACGCGGUGAGAGAUCGACGCUUCGUCGCGGGGAGAAGCUUUUACGAAGUCUCCGAUCACGGGUAUCGGAAACGGACGCCGACGGCCUGGCUCUGUUGGAGGAGCUGAAACCCGCUCUCCUCGCUGCAACCUGA